AUGGGGUUGGCAGUACUAAGACUUUCUGUUACUGGAUCAAUGCCAGUCAAUGUCAGGUCAGGCAAGUUCUUGCUGAAAGUCAGAGGAAUAGAACUCCAUAAUGUCAGAUGUGCACAAACUGCAGCUGCAGCCAGCCCUAAGGCUGCAGCCAAUCCUAAAAAGUUUGAAAUCUACAGAUGGGAUCCUGAUAAGCCUGGAGACAAGCCUCGAGUACAGACUUAUGAAGUAGACUUGAACCAAUGUGGGCCAAUGGUUCUUGAUGCUUUAAUCAAGAUAAAAAAUGAGCAGGAUGCUACCUUGACCUUUCGGAGAUCUUGCCGUGAGGGCAUCUGUGGUUCAUGCGCCAUGAACAUUGAUGGCACCAACACAUUGGCCUGCAUCUACAAAAUCAACUCAAAAGCUGGAAAGCCAGUGAAGAUUUAUCCCCUACCUCAUAUGUAUGUGAUUAAGGACCUUGUACCAGAUAUGAGCAACUUUUAUGCACAGUAUCGCUCUAUUGAGCCAUACCUGAAAAAGAAGGAUGCCUCAGAAAAAGACAUUGGAAAGCAACAGUACUUUCAAUCUGUGGAAGACAGGGCCAAGUUGGAUGGUCUGUAUGAGUGCAUAUUGUGUGCUUGCUGUAGCACAUCCUGUCCAAGUUAUUGGUGGAACUCAGACAAAUACCUGGGACCUGCUGUCUUAAUGCAGGCGUAUCGUUGGAUGAUAGAUUCCCGUGACGACUAUACUAAUGAGCGACUGGCUUUGAUGGAGGAUGGAUUCUCAGUCUACCGCUGCCACACUAUCAUGAAUUGCACUAAGACAUGCCCCAAGGGUCUUAAUCCUGGCCUGGCUAUUGGGGAGAUGAAGAAGAUGUUGAUGAAUUACAACAAAGCUGCAGCUAAACACUAAAUGUGUGACAUUAAAAAAAAAAUCUAGAAAAGAUUUUUUUUUCAGAAUACUCUGCAUAAAAUUUCAGACUUGUUGUUUAGCUUUGAGACCAUUUGGCAGAACAUUUAUUUUUAAUUUUUUUUUUUUUUUUGUGCUUUGAUCAGUAUUUUAACUUAGAUCAUGUAACCUUUAGAGCUGAGGUAUUUGGUGCAUAAUGAUUGACUGUCCUGCUUGAUAGCUUUGUUAAGAACCAUGGAGAUUUGUUUUUGUUUCAACUGUUGUGCAGCACUUUUGACAAGCUCAAGACAUGUUAGUUAUUAGGGAAGAGUUAAUAAAGAAAAGACCAAGCCAAAUGAUUUGAAUGCUCUCAAAGAAAAAUUGCUCACUUAAGAAAAGAAAUGGAACAAAAGGUGAAAUGCAGCAUAGUGGAUGUAGCAUUCUUUUUACCUUUUGUUUAUCUGUAAUUUUAAUGAUAGCUUUUUCUGUUUAGUUGUAACAAGCAUUAAUUUUUUGUCACCCCUAGAAAAAUGACAGUUGUUUAGUCAAGCACCUGCAUCAAACUGCACAUUGUUUUGGUAGUAAACUCCUCAAUAUGCAUGUUAUUUUGCAGUAGUUUUUAGCUACUGAAAAUGUAUUUUGCAUCACUCUUUAGCAACCGUUAUACGUCUUGUUAUAAAAUCAUUGGGGGAAAAUAGUCUGUUUCUCUCCAGUCUCUUUGGUGAAAAAAAAAACAUCGUAAAGGCUGAAAUUCUGUACCUUUUUUCCUAGACUAAUUUACCUUCCAAAUGUCUUCAGAAAAACCUUCCCAGGAAUUUGUAAUGUUGUAAGUUAGAAAAGGAGUCCAAACAAUGAGCUCUAUAUUUGACAGCCUGCCUUCAUUUAAAUAAACAGACAAGGAAAUACACUUGUCUCAUUUAAA